AUGAACCGCGCAAGACUGGAAUCCCUCGAAAAGCUUAAGAACUGGGUGCUAGGACGAAAUUCGCAAAUCACAAAACUGGCCCAAGGUCAAGGCAUCGCUGGCACUAGAGCUGCUCCGUCUCAGAGUGGUCAGAACGAUGCAAGUAUCGGAUCUCGUCUCGAUCACAGCGAGCAGAUUGAGAUAGAUGGAAAGGACUACAGAAGAUACAAAUGGCAAAUCAACAAGAACGCAGCGAACUCGACUCUAAAAGAUUUGGCAAACAAAGACUCUCACAAGGUCUGGUCAGAGGCAGAUGUCCCGGUUGAUUCUGACACAUCUGAUGCGUCGGAUGCAAAGGCGAGGGUCGAAAAGCUUUUCAAUGACCUGAAGAAGAACAUGAAGAGCUAG